CGCAGGUAUUUUAUCUAAUGUAUGCGUAUGCAUCUCAUUGGUCACAUGCGGAAGUGAGGGAAAACAGUUUUAUCAGGGAACCAGUUUUAUCUAGCGCUACAAUAUGUGACUGGUAUAAUUACUGCCGCGAAGCUGUAGUAUUAUACCAGGUUGACCAUCAGGUAGCGGUAGGUAAAAUUGGUGGCCCUGGUAAAACUGUUCAAAUAGACGAAAGCAAAUUUGGGAAGAGAAAAUACAACAAAGGGCGGAGAGUCGAGGGCCUCUGGGUUCUUGGGAUGGUUGAUGAUGGGAGUGACGACCUUAGGCUGGAGGUAUGUCCCGGCAAUGUCAGGUCUGCUGAGGUGCUCAUACCUUUGAUAGAGAAGCACGUGGCAAAAGGCAGUAUUAUAUGUACUGAUUGCUGGAGGGCAUACGACUAUCUAGCCAGUCACGGGUAUGAGCACCGACGCGUUAAUCACAGCGACCCCGAUAAUCCGUUCGUUGCCGAGGAGGACGGGACGCAUACUCAACGCAUCGAGUCCCAGUGGCGAGUAAUUAAACGUUUUUUUUUAUUAAGGACAAUUACAAUGAUAGCGAAGAUUUUUCUAAUUUAAUUAAUGAAUAUACUUCGAGAAAAAAUAUUGCAAAUAAUCAUCACGAUCCUUUUGU